UUGAUCAACGUCCAGCCUUUUUCACGAACGCGACACGGUUCAUCGAUUCGGGCAGUUUCCGGCGGGUGACGUGACGUGACGAGAACCAUGGCGAGCGGCGGUGGCGGCAAGCUGGUCGCAGCCGCGUCGGCCAUGGUCUGCUUCCUCCUCCUCCUCCUGGCCGCCUGCUGCUCUUCUCCCGCGACGGCGGCCGCGCCGGACAUCAUGUCGAUCAUCUCGUACAACGCGGAGCACGGCGUGCGCGGGCUGGGUCUGGUGGAGCGGACGGAGGCCGAGGCGCGCGCCGCCUACGACAUGUGGGUCGCGCAGCACGGCCGCCGCUCGGACGGCGGCGUGCUCGGCGGCGACCACGAGCGCCGGUUCCGCGUGUUCUGGGACAACCUCAGGUUCGUCGACGCCCACAACGCCCGCGCCGACGAGCACGGCGGGUUCCGCCUCGGGAUGAACCGCUUCGCCGACCUCACCAACGACAAGUUCCACGCCGCCUACCUCGCCGCCACGGCGCCCGCCGGCAGGGGGCGCCACGUCGGGGAGACGUACCGCCACGACGGCGUCGAGACGCUGCCGGACUCCGUCGACUGGAGGGACCAGGGCGCCGUCGCUCCCAUCAAGAACCAAGGCCAAUGCGGUAGCUGCUGGGCGUUCUCGGCGGUCGCCGCGGUGGAAGGAAUCAACAAGAUCGUCGCCGGCGAUCUGGUGACGCUGUCGGAGCAGGAGCUGGUGGAAUGCGCGAGGAACGGGGCGAACAGCGGGUGCAACGGCGGGAUGAUGGACGACGCGUUCGCCUUCAUCGCCAGGAACGGCGGCAUCGACACGGAGAAGGACUACCCGUACACGGCCAUGGACGGCAGGUGCAACCUCGCGAAGAAGAGCCGCAAGGUGGUCUCCAUCGACGGCUUCGAGGACGUCCCGGAGAACGACGAGCUCUCGCUGCAGAAGGCCGUGGCGCACCAGCCCGUGAGCGUCGCCAUCGACGCCGGCGGCCGCGAGUUCCAGCUCUACGACUCCGGCGUGUUCACCGGCCGCUGCGGCACGUCGCUGGACCACGGCGGGGUGGCGGUGGGGUACGGCACGGACGCCGCCGGCCGCGGCUACUGGACGGUGCGCAACUCGUGGGGCCCCCACUGGGGCGAGCACGGCUACAUCCGAAUGGAGCGCAACGUCACCGCGCGCACCGGCAAGUGCGGCAUCGCCAUGGCGGCGUCCUACCCGGUCAAGAAGGGGCCCAACCCGAAGCCGUCACCGUCACCGUCACCGCCGGCGCCAUCGCCGCCGUCCCCGGCUCGGCAAUGCGACCGCCACAACAAGUGCCCCGCGGGGACCACGUGCUGCUGCAACUACGGCAUCAGGAACCACUGCCUCGUGUGGGGAUGCUGCCCCGCCGAGGGCGCCACCUGCUGCAAGGAUCACUCAUCCUGCUGCCCCAAGGACUAUCCCGUCUGCAACGCCAAGGCUCGCACUUGCUCCAAGAGCAAGAACAGCGUGGAGCCCCUGACCCAGACUCCGACGAUGAAGACAUAGAAAAGAUAUAGACCAAGAAUCCGUUUUUAUUAUCGAUGUCUUUUUCAGAACUUGUAAACAGUUUAAGGUUACUGAUUUAUCAAACAGCUCAUGGCUUUUUUAGUUUUUUUAAUCAAUCACGUCAAUUUUAUCAUCAAACGC